CAAGUUUCCAGGUGGAGAAAGAGAGAGGGAGGGACCAAACGCCCACAUUUCCCAUCUCAAUAAAUAAACUAAAACAAAUCCAACAGCGGAGGGAGUGAUUAAAAAAACCAUGCCCUAAUAGAGAGACGACACCACCACCACCACCAACUCGCCCACCCUCUCUCUCUUUUUGGGAGAGAAACCAAGCAAGCGUGAAGAGUAUAGAGAAGGCGGUAGAGAGAGAGAGAGAGAGGGGGAUGGAGAAGGCGAACGAGCUGGUGGAGGAGGCGGCGCGGUUGGCGGAGCAGGCGAGGGAGCUGCAGGACGCCGCCGCGGCGCUGCUCUCCAAGACCUGGAACGAGGAGCAGGCGCUUCGGCAGCGGGCCCUCGCCCUCGUGUCCGACCUCAAGCGCCUGCGCUCCUCCGUUGAUUCCGUCGCCACGAAGAACCCCGCCGUUCUCGAUCCCAAGAUCGCUGGCAAGAUCGAAGAAGAAUUAUACAGGGCGAGAUGCCUCAUCAGUGAUGGCGAUGUGGCAUCGCUUCUUCCGAGCGAAGCUCAUGGUCGGUUCUUGAAGAUGUUUCUUGGCCCGGUGAAUGUGAGGGCAAUGAGGAAAGAGGUUCAGCUAAAAGUGAAAGAGGAGUACAACAGCUAUAGAGAUAGGACGGCCUUUUUAUUUCUUCUUUUUCCAUGCACUCUACUUCUUUUAAGGUCUUAUAUCUGGGAUGGAUGCUUUCCAGCAUUGCCUGUUCAGUUGUAUCAGGCUUGGCUGUUAUUUCUCUACACAAGUCUAGCAUUACGAGAAAAUAUUUUGAGAGUAAAUGGAAGUGAUAUUCGUCCUUGGUGGAUAUUUCAUCACUACUGUGCUAUGUUGAUGGCUCUUGUAAGUCUCACGUGGGAGAUAAAGGGGCAACCUGGUUGUGCCAACAAGCAGAAAGGGGUACAACUAUUUCUGGUAUGGGCUAUGAUGCAAGGUGUUGCAAUGCUUCUACAAAACAGAUAUCAACGUCAAAGAUUGUAUACUCGCAUUGCUUUGGGAAAGGCUAAAAGGAUGGAUGUUGUGUGGGGAGAAACUGCUGGUGUUGAAGGUCAACUAUGGCUGUUAUGCCCCAUUCUCUUCAUCUUGCAGUUUCCUUUGCUGUCAAAACUGCCUCAUUUUCAGGUUUUUGAAGCAUAUGUUGGGAUCUUACUGCUUCGCACAGCUUUGGUUGGUGUUAUCCGUGAGUGGCAGGUCAUAGUUUGUGGGUCUUUGCUGGUUUUGAUGGCAGUGGGUAACUUUGCAAACACAGUACAAACCCUCAUGGCAAAAUCCCGAUUCAAAGCAAAGAUGAGGAGAACUAAGAGCAAGCAUGAUUUUGAUGCAAAUGCAUCACCUCCCGACUCAUCGCCAACUUCUUAAAGGUCAUAGAACGUAUCUUAGUCAAGCUCUGUUUUGAAGAAUAUGUUGUCUAAUGCCAAUGUCUUUGUAAAGCAUUAUUUUGUUUGCUAUAGCUUCUAUCCAAAUGUCAUCAAUAUUUUCACUUGAUCUAACCGUGUAUGAUGAGGUAAGGGGUGGUUUCCAUGGUGAGCUUCAGUUCGUAAUAAAUUAUUUUUCCCCCUUGUUAGUUGCA